GCCAAUUUUUUUGCUUAAAACCUUUUAAUUUGCAACCAUGCUUGACCACAAUAACAUUGACACGGAGCCCUUGUUAAAUUGGUCAAAGACGAGCGACAGCCGAUACGCAGAAUAUUACAACAUUUCCGGAUCAAAACGACGCAGUGCCCUGGCCAAGCUGCAAGGAUGUCGCUGGAACAAGCUGUGGGCCCUGAGCCUGGGCGUGCUGAUUCUGGCCUUGACCGGCCUCCUCACCGUCACACUGGUCUACGCGCUGGCGAGGGCAGUCCCCUUUGAUUACGGCAUUGUAUUUGACGCUGGCUCGACGCACACCGAGAUGCUCCUCUACACCUGGGAGAGCAAGGAGUGGUACGAAACGGGUUACGUCCGCCAACUCAGCUCGUGCUAUCUUGAUGGAGGCAUUGGGGAACUCUUUGUUGAUGAUCCGUCCGGAGUCCAGAAUUACUUACUGCCGUGCUUAUCCAACGGCACGGAACAGAUUCCAGCCGACAAACAUUGGAACAGCCCUGUUUAUUUGGCAGCCACGGCUGGACUUCGCAUGCUGCAGAUUGAUAAAGGUGUUGCUGUAAAUGAAAUAUUAGGCAAUGUGUCUGAGCUUUUUAACAUGUCUGGCUUGAAAAAUCGAGAAAAUAAUGUUAAAAUAAUAACCGGGCAGCAAGAGGGUGUUUCCUCUUGGGUUGGCGUAAAUUACCUGGCCGAUUCCUUUCAAAAAUCUGUCACGACACUUGGAGCUCUCGAUUUGGGAGGCGCUUCGACGCAAAUCACGUUUGAAGUCGGAACCGACGUGGAGGUCGGAAGGGACAAAGUCACCCUUCGACUUUAUGGCAAAGAGUACAAUGUGACCGCCGACAGCUACCUGUGCCACGGCGUCAACCAGCUCAUUUUAAGGCACGAGGUUUCGCUUUUAGAGACAGCGGAGGCGGCCGAGUCUGUGACGGUGGAAAACCCUUGCCGCGCUGUCGGCAUGACCCUGGAAAGGUCAAUAUCAGACAUGCGAAAUCCGUGCACUGAGACAAUCUUCUUGCAAAAUUUCCAAAACGUCACGUUCCAAGGCACUGGAAACGCUGAUUUGUGCGCUGAGCAGCUGAGGAAAGUUAUCAGCGUCGAGUACUGCAAGGCAACCUUUGUGAACACUGGAAAUUGUAUGGAGGAUCUGCCACCAGCCAGACCCAACGGCAAAGAAUUUUUGGCGUUUUCCACUUUCUUCUACAUUGCGUCAGGGUUCAAUGCUACGGAAAACUUAGGAAGUGCCGAAUUCCUCGCAAAAGUCAAUGAAGUUUGUGGUCUCACAGAGGAAGCUUUGAAUUCAACUUAUUUUCCCGAGACGGGAGAAAAGUACAAAAAAGACAUGUGCUAUGAGGGACUCUACAUGUUCUUGUUGCUGAAGGAGCAGUAUAGUUUCACUGAGGAAGAGUGGGUCAACACCAGAUAUGCAGACAAGAUAAACGGCACUUCCGUCGGCUGGGCGUUGGGAUUCAUGAUUGAAAACACGAACGUGAUUCCGAUGCAGCGCCCACUGCCCUUACUGCCGGUCGCUUGGUUUGUGAUCCUCUCGCUUCUCUUCCUUGCCAUGAUCGGCCUUUCAAUGUGGCUCGCAAUUAGUGCACUUAAAUUCAACGGCGCUGGAGGCAACUUCAAUCAAACGCAACCCAUGUCAACGGCGACAACAACUACGACAACAACGCCGAAAACAAAAAACCGCAAGGAAAAAUUUUGAAAAAAUUUUGAAACUUGUAAGGUUUGAUAACACAUGUAUAUUUAAUAUACGUGAACUUUCACAUGUCAAUCAAUUUUUUCUUCGUUUUUCUCGCAAUUACUUACAGAGAGAUAGAACCGCUAAAACAUGCAACAUUUUUCAACUGUGUCGUAACUUUUAUUUCCUUAAAAUUUAGAUAUUAUGCAGACAAUGGUUUUUGAGUUUUGGAAACACGCAGAUUAUUAGUUUUGACUGGAUUUCCACACUCGCGUCGUAUAUGCACUUUCAUUCAACCUCAAACUAAUAAUAUUUUACUCUCAGGCAUUUUCGCCAACUUGACAUAAACUAAAGAAAAUUCACAUAUAUAUCACGAAUAUAUAUGAGAAUAAAAACACGAAUAAGUAUAUUGAUGAGAUAAGUUCCUUGGAUAUUUAGCUGAAAUGCGUUUCAUUCAUAUUUUGCAUAUUUUUUCAUAUGAUUAUGAUUAUAACUUCAGUUAUGCACACUUACUUCAAAAUGACCGUGUGUCCGAAAAGCCAGCAAGACACAUUUAUUUCCGACUCGCUUUGACUUGAGACCUUACAUUUACAUACUGCUUUGAUUUAUAUACUAGGUGCGUUAUUUCUUUUGUUUGCUGUGUUCGUUUCAACGACACUUUGAUCUAAUGAGACAUUCGCGCGCUUAAAUUAUGCUUUUAUGAAAUAUAACACAAGGCAUAUGAUUCUCAAUAAUAAAAUACGGCGCCUCCGCACCGUAUCGCUCAUAGCUUAACGUACAGUACAUUUAUGUUUUGAUGCAUAAAUUUCUGCAAGUGUUCGAGUUAAAGCGUGAAAAAAUCGUCAACAAUAAUUUCAGAUACUCGCGAACACAAAGCGUUCAAUAAAACCUUUUCAUUUUUGGCCUUCGUUUGAUAUGUUAUGUGAGAACAGCUUGUUCAUGAAUUAAGCACCGAAGCAGAUUUCGCUAAGCUUUUUGUAGUACAUUUUAUCAGUUGUAUAAAAAAAAUGAACAAUCAUGGCCGAACUUUAUUUUUCCGCACUCGGAAUCCAGAAUUCAUCAUCUUGAGCAAGCCAAACAAUGCGAGAAAUAAAUUAAAUAUAUGUUCCGGAUGGCAGUUUUUAUUAUAAUUCUGAAUGCCUUUUUCAUCUUGCGAAAACAAGAAGGAGCUGAAUGUGCGCCUAUGAAAAUUCAAAUUAACUGUUUCAUGCUUGAAUGUGUCAGUGUAUUAUUGUAUAUAGUUUUUUUAUGACCAGUCGUUUAUAAAGUUGAUAGUGUUUUUGUAAUCGUGCAUCUCAUAUAUAUCUUGUUACUUACAUUUUCAACUAAUUACAUUUGUGAUUGAUAAAUUGUGAAAUGAUGCAACUUUCUUGCUCUCUGUAACUUUUGUCCACCCCUUUUAACGUUUGGGCAGACGAAUUCAACUGGCAGUUAAAUUAAGACUAUUUCUCCUCGUCAGUUUUCACUGAGAACAAGUUAUCAUAUAUGUUAUUUAAUUAUAUAUGCUUUCAAUAUUAUGGUGUCUGUGUAGUGAAACAAACUAAUCAAACAACUAUAAAUCCCCUUUAAACAUCCAACCUCGUAAUUUGCAAAAUGAACGAAAUUUGAAAUCAUGAUUCCAAAUAAAUGACACCACUAGAUUAAAAAAAUUGGUCACCAAGCUGCUGUAUGUUUUGAUGGCUCUUGGCAAUUGAACUAUUGAUCCCUGAAAACAAUAUAUCCACAUAAGUUCGAUUAGUGAAAAGUUUAAAUAUUCAAUGUGAAAGUAAAGUAUCUUGUUGUGAUGAAAUAAAUAAUUGUACUUAGUUUACAAAACAUUUCAUUGUUGUGCAAUUCACAUU